AUGUCAUCAUUCAUUAAACCUAAACUCCAAAACUUCCAAGCAGGACUCUACCCAAACUUUAAGCAGGAGAGUACCCUAAAAGGAGUUCCAUCCAGAAAUUCUGAAAAACUUGAAACUAAAAUCGCAGGACUUUACCCCAAAGGGAGUCCUUCCAGAAAUUCUCGAAGGCCUAGGUUGAACCCAGGCCUAAGAGGGGGUUUGGAAAUAGUUUUCAACCAGCAAUAGACGCGCCUCGGUUAGAACCUCACUAGCUGCGUCAUU